AUGGCGACCAUUUGUUUUCGACCUCCCCCUCUGCCCCCAAGCAGGAAAUCGCCCAAUCAGCAACGUUACCGCGGAAAGCAGAAUCAUCAACUGCUCUCCUCAACAUACCUCAGUUUCCGCGACCCCGCCGAGGACGAGGUCAUCGUCGGGUCAGAAGAGGUCGAACUGACCGACCUCAAAGCGUCAGCGGGUCUAAAAAGAUGCCGGAAAGUAUCGCAUUCGAACUCGUUUGGUCGCGACGAUUCGAGGGACCCUCGGGUGAUAAUGACCAGGAGCCAUUCGGAGGGAAAUUUGAAGAAGAUUGGGACAUCAGGCAGUCACACCAACGUCAAUAGGUACAUGAAGGUGCUCAGUGGAAGCUGGAGAAACCUCUUGAACUGUAAGUCUGAUGAGAUCACACAUGCAUCUGCCAGCAUCCCUUCUGAUACAUUCAGCUCCUUAAUUAAGUCCAUGGACAAAUCCUUCGACUUCGAGAUUCCUGCUGUAACGACGAGCUCGAUGUCUGGUAACUCUAUUCAACCAGAGCGUCGAAAAUUCAAUUUUGCCGGAAUUAUUGAAUUCGUGUGA